AUGAAUUUCCUGAUCAAGGGUCGGCAGCAGCGAACGUCUGCCGAGCUGGCUAGAUCGAUUUGUGAUACAUGCUUUCGUAUGGGAGUCGAAGUCACAACUGAUGAAGUAUGGCGACUUAGCGACGUGUCUUCUUCAUCUGAUAGCCGUCGCAAGCUAUACGAUGAGCUCUUUUUGUUGCUGCAGCAAGGAAAACUGGUGUUGUAUGGUGAGGGGGAUCGCGACCCUGUGCCCGAACUAGUUGCGCAAUUUGCACAAGAAGCUUACCAACACCAUAUGAUGGAAUAUCUCCUUACCGUCAUGCCACGCCUCGAGUUUGAGGCUCGAAAAGAUAUCACGCAGAUAUUUGUCGCAUUGCUUCAAAGAAGCAUCGGUUCUCGACGCCCCACGGUUGAAUAUGUAUACUCUAAUCCAUCCAUUGUCAGUAUGACAAUUCGUGGGUAUGACAUGCCAAGUAUAGCCCUCAACACCGGUAUGAUUCUACACGAGAUGCUACAAUAUGAGAUUCUUGCUAAAUUGUUCCUGUAUUCGGAUGACUUGUAUCGCUUCCCUCAGUAUAUUGAGUUGACGUCCUUCAGUAUUUCUUGUGAUGCUUUCAAGAAUUUACGAGAUGCACUUGUAUCUCAUCGAAGCAUGGCCGCUGAAUUUUUGCAGCAGCAAUAUGUGCAAUUUUUUUCGAUGUUCACGCAACUCCUCGAUUCACAAAAUUAUGUGACACGUCGCCAGUCCCUCAAAUUGCUUGGUGAGCUACUUGUCGACCGUGCACACUACUCUACCAUGAUACGUUAUGUCUCAGAUGAGGAAAAUCUUAAACGCAUUAUGAAUGCACUGCGAGAUCGCAGUAAGCAUAUUCAACUCGAAGCAUUCCAUGUCUUCAAGGUGUUUGUUGCCAACCCCAAAAAAACACCAGCAGUCGAGGCAAUAUUACGCCGUAAUCGCUCACGGAUAUUGUCAUUUUUGGAGGCAUUCCUUCCCGACAGCACAAACGAAGCAUUCAUCGACGAGCGGCAAUAUAUAAUCCAAAUCAUUCGUGCCAUGCCAAAUGCGUAA